AUGGCUGUGAUGGGAAUUACCUGCCAGGGAGCUCCUGAUCCAGCCUUCAAGCAGAAGAAGGAGCUCACAGCUACCAAGGGGCUGAAUGAGACAGCAAGUGAAAAGCAGAGCAGUGUUUGCAAAGUGGAAGAUUCAAAGAAGGUCAUCUUCCACAGUCAGUGGAAAAUCCUCAAUGAUGUAAUCACCAAAGGAACAGCAAAAGAAGAAACAGAAGGAGGCUGUGCAUCAAUUUCUAUUAUUGCCCAAGCAGAAUGUGAGAACAGUCAGGAGUUCAGCCCUACCUUGUCAGAGAGAUCCUUCAUUGCUCACAGCAAGCGCUACAGCCGCUCAGACAGCCUUGACCAAAUCCCCAACAAUGUGGCCCACGCCACGGAGGGGAGGAUGGCACCGUGGAGAGGGAGGCACCGCGGCAGGACGAGGAAGAAACGGCACAAGAAAAGAUCCAAGCUGAAAAUACAGACAGUGGCUGCUGGCAGGAGAGCUCCCAGGACUCCAGAGCAAGAGAGCUGCACUCCAAUUCCUGUCCAGGAGGAUGAGUCCCACCAAAACAGUCUUUACAGAAACAGUUUUUGGGCUUCAGAACUUACCAAGGACUUGGUUUAUAAUCCACUGCCAUUUGAGAAAGCAGAGCAAGUGCUGUCCACACUCAAACCCCCUUCCCCCAGGAGCCAGUACAAAGCAGAACUGCACAAGCUGAUAAGCCCCAUCCAGUGCCUUAACCAUGUUUGGAAGCAGCAGUCCCAGAGGGACAGUGUCCCACAGCCUGAAACUCUCCAUCCUUUUCCCUACAACAUCAUACCCCCUCAUCUCCCACACCUGGACAGCCCUCUGCAUGCCAGGAAACACACUGCUCUGGAGACUUACUUCCAUGGUGACCUCAGCUCUCAGGACAGCCAACAUCGCUUCUCUGGCCUCAACUUAGAGUACAGCUUCCCCAAAUGUGCCACCCAGUCCAUCCCAACCAGCUCAGACAAGAUUUCUGUGGAAGAAUACUUGGUGGAUGCCUUGAAGGGGAGUGUGAGCCUUGGUGAGCCACAGAACUUAGCCAGCCUGGCCAAGACGUGGGGAGGAGGUGGCCUGGACCCGAAGGAACAGUUUGAUGAAGCAGAUGAAAAUGAGGGGGUGCUGCUAAAUGAGAAGCUAAAGCCAGUGGACUAUGAGUACCGAGAAGAGGUUCACUGGACCAAGUGCCACGGGUCUCUGGGCAUUGGCUCCUUUGGAGAAGUGUACAAAAUAGAGGACAAACAGACAGGAUUUCAGUGUGCUGCCAAGAAGGUACAAGUGGAGCACUUCCGUGCGGAGGAGCUGACGACCUGCGCUGCCUUAACGAGUCCCAGGGUUGUUCCAUUGUAUGGAGCUGUGAAGGAAGGACCUUGGGUGACCAUCUUCAUGAAGCUGAUGGAGGGUGGCUCAUUAGGACAACUAAUCAAACAGAGUGGCUGCCUGCCAGAGGACAGAGCCCUCAGUUACCUGGGCCAGGCACUGGAGGGCUUGGAGUAUCUUCAUGCUCAAAACAUCCUCCAUGGAGAUGUAAAAGCGGAGAACGUGCUGCUGUCUGACGAUGGAAGCAGAGCUCUGCUCUGUGACUUUGGUCACUCUGCUCACCUCCACCCUGAUGGCCUGGGGAAGUGCUUGGUCACAGGGAACUACGUGCCUGGCACAGAGACUCACAUGGCUCCAGAGGUGGUGAUGGGCAAACGCUGUGACUGCAAAGUGGACAUCUGGAGCAGCUGUUGCAUGAUGCUGCACAUGCUCAAUGGGUGCCACCCUUGGACCCAGUAUUACAAUCACCCCCUGUGUCUCAAGAUAGCUAAAGAGCCACCUCCUCUGAGGGAAAUUCCACCUUCCUGCAACCCCCUCACUGCUGAGAUUAUCAAAAUGGGUCUGGAGAAGGAGCCUGUGCAGAGAGCAUCAGCCUCAGAACUCAAAACCAAGACCAGUGUCGCUCUUGAAGAAGUGGGAGGUGUGACAAGCCCCUGGAAAGGUGAAUACAGAGAGCCCAGGCAUUUAUCUCUGCACAAAGAAAACAAUCCACAGACCUCCCUGUCCCCUCCAGUGAGCCCAGUUUCUGAGACUGCUUCUGACCCCAAACUGCCAGACAAAGUGUCCUGUGCCAGCCCAGUCCUACCACCACCAUCUCUGGAGCAAACAGAGGAGGUGGAGGAGACCCCUUGGAAUGUGUGCAAGGAGUUACCAGAGACCUGGGAUCCUCCACCUCUCUCCUCCACUCCUCUCCCCCUGAAGAACUGCAGCCAUGUGGAGAGAGCCACAACCAUUUCAGAGCAAGAGCUUCAGCAGCUGGAAAUAGAGCUGUUUCUGAACAGCCUCUCCCAGCCCUACUCUCUGGAGGAGCAGGAGCAGAUCCUGUCCUGCCUCAGCAUCGACAGCCCCUUCGUGUCGGAUGCCAGCGAGAGGAACUCCAUGAAGGCUUCUCAUAGCUUGAGGGACACGAUGAGCUCUGGGAUUCAUUCCUGGAGCAGCCAGGCAGAUGGGCAGAGCUUCAGCUGGAACAACCUGCGGAGCCGCGGGCGGCACACGGACACUCCCAGCUACUUCAACGGAGUGAAAAUCCAGAUCCAGUUGCUAAGUGGAGAAAAUUUACACAUCAGGGAUUUCCACAGGACAAAGGUGGGAGACAUUGCCACUGGGAUAAGCAGCCAGAUCCCAGUCCCUGCUUUCAGCCUGGUCACUAAGGAAGGGCAGCCAGUUCACUAUGACAUGGAGGUCCCUGACUCGGGGAUCGAGCUGCAGUGCACCCUCGCCCCUGACUGCAGCGUCAGCUGGAGCUGGCGAGUCAAGCACGGCCGGCUGGAGAACAGGCCCUGA